CAGCAGGAAGUAUUAGUGUGGCUGAAGUUGCGCGAAGAAUGGUAUAUAAAUUUAUUAAUUUUUUAUUAAAUCUAUUAUUUAAAUGUUGCAUUAUGUAUGAUUAAUUUUUUUUACUUAUUUAGCGUGAAGAAUUAGGCAGAACUCCACUUCUUAAUGAGCUUCACAUGGAGACUCAUCUCAAGAGAAAUGGAGAGUUUAUUGACGAGCGCGCAAAAAUCACACAAGAGAAUUUUGAUAAAGAACUUGCCCUAAAGUUGUCAGAGCAUCCUGAAAUACCUGAACCACCACCGGGGUAUCCUGUUGACCCUAGUAUUGGUUUUCAAACUUGGUAUAAGGUUUCAGGUGGAAAGAAGAAAAAUGGGAGAGUGUAUUGUGCUGGAGGGUAUUCCAAAAAUAUCAAGCGGCGUAGUAGAGAUUUCAAAAUGAGAUAUGCUGAUGGAGAAGGAUCAUCCACUCCACCUAUAUUAACCGCCAAAAUGCUUGAUACUGUGAGAAACUUGGCAAAUACUGAGGCAGCACAACAAAAUAUGGGUGGUGGUGGAUUUGGAGGAACUAGUGGAUAUGGAGGAGCUGAUGAAGAAGAGGAGGAACAAGAUGGGGGGAAUAAUUAA